GGUGUAUGAAAGAGAGAGAGAGAUGAUGAGUGACGGCGGAGGAGGAGGAAGCGGCGGAGUUGCAGCAAGAGUGAGUUCAAUCUUCAUAUACCCAAUCAAAUCGUGCCGUGGAAUCUCCCUUUCUCAGGCACCCCUCUCCUCCACUGGAUUUCGAUGGGACCGACAAUGGAUGGUUGUGAAUUCCAAAGGUCGGGCAAUCACCCAAAGAGUUGAUCCAAAGCUUGCGCUAGUUGAAACUGAACUGCCAAACGAGGCUCUCUCUCAGGGCUGGGAACCAAAUGAGCAUUCAUAUCUUAGCCCCCGGCGUUGAGGCACUGCAAGUUCCAUUAAGCAAGCCUUCUCUUGUGACAACUGAUGGGGUUUCAGUGUGGGAAUGGUGUGGCUCUGCAUUUGAUGAGGGUGAUGAAGCAGCACGGUGGUUCUCCAACUAUCUUGGAAAACCCGCUCGGCUCGUGCACUUUAAUGAAGCAUCAGAAACAAGGCCUGUGGAUGCCAAUUACGCCACUGGAUACAAAGUUAAAUUUUGUGAUGGGUAUCCAUUUCUAGUGCUAUCUCAGGGGUCAUUAGAUGCGUUAAAUGCCCUUCUCAAGGACCCAAUUCUGGUGAAUCGUUUUAGACCCAAGUUUGUGCUUUCUGUUCUUUUUUUUAUAAAUUACUUUCUGGUGGAAACCGGAUGCUUUAUUGCAGGUACCCUACCCAUCUCAACCCUAAUGGGAUGGAUUUGAAUGGAUAGUCAUUGGGUAUGAUGCGGGUUCGGGUAGGGUUUAAAUUAUAGUGUAGCACCCUCAUUGAAUUGGACCUAAUUUGAAGUUUUGAUUUUUUGCAUGUCCACAGUAUACUUGUUGAUGGGUGCGAAAAAUAUGCGGAGGAUUUGUGGAAGGAGAUCAUCAUAAACAAGUCCCCCUUCUAUGGUGUUAAAUUAUGCAGUCGCUGCAAGAUACCUACAAUCAAUCAAGAAACAGCAGAAACGGGGAAGGAGCCAACUGUGACACUGAUGCGGUUCCGUUCGGACAAAGUGUUGCUUCCUAACAGGAAACAAAAGGGAAAUGUGUUUUUUGGACAGAACAUGGUUUGUGCCGACUCCCUUCGCGAAGGAGGAGGAAGGAUAAUCAGAGUUGGUGAUCCUGUUUAUGUCAUCAAAGCAGUGCCAUCAUGCACUGAAGCAGCAGCUUGACGAACUCUUCCA